GUGAUUAUUUUUUCACAUUCCACACACGAUACGUUUUAAAAACAACGACAAAUUACGUUUUUAUUUGAUUAUCUUGCACACCCUACGAUGUUUUGGAGCGGUCCGCAUGGGGGCAAGGGGAGGGAUCGUGAAGCACGUGCGCGGCUGUGGGAGAGGACGAGUGAAAGUGAGGGUUGGUUAAUGAGGAGGGGGGUGGGGGUUAACGUACAACUUUAACAAAGUUAGCCUGGUAGUGAGUGGGCAAGGGGGUUUGUUUCCUUAUUUAUCGUUGAGUAAGAUAGUGUGGAGAGAUUUACGGGGUUCCCAGUGGAGCCGGCAUGGAGUUUGAAGAGUCAGGGAUCCAGGAGGAGUGUGGCGUGUUCGGCUGCGUCGCUGCGGGUGAGUGGCCGACUCACUUGGACGUGCCUCACGUUAUCGCCCUCGGGCUGGUGGCACUACAGCACAGAGGUCAAGAAAGUGCUGGAAUUGUGACAAGUAAUGGAGGCUCUCCACCAUCAUAUAUGAUGCACAAGGGAAUGGGUCUCAUAAAUAGUACAUUCCGUGAAGAACAAAUACAAAAACUUCGCAAUGGAAACCUGGGAAUAGGACACACUCGAUAUUCUACAUCGGGUAUUUCUGAAUUGCAGAAUUGUCAACCAUUUGUAGUGGAAACUCUUCAUGGAAAGAUCGCUGUAGCUCACAAUGGAGAAUUAGUAAAUGCAAAAAAAUUAAAAAUGAAGGUAUUACGACAUGGUGUUGGAUUAUCAACUAGCUCUGACAGUGAACUUAUCAUACAACUUUUGGCUUUAACUCCUCCUAAGGAGGAAGCUGACUUACCUGACUGGGUGGCCAGGAUUAGAACUUUGAUGACUGCAACUUCUACCUCUUAUUCAAUGCUACUUAUGUACAAAGAUGUAAUUUAUGCUGUCCGUGAUCCUUAUGGGAAUCGUCCUCUAUGCCUUGGCCGCCUUGUACCAGUAUCCAAGUUGAACAGUUCAGGAGAGGCAUACAAUGAAACAGAAACUGAAGGAUGGGUGGUUUCUUCUGAAUCGUGCAGUUUCCAGUCAAUUGGAGCCAGAUAUUAUCGUGAAAUAUUACCAGGAGAAAUUGUACAGAUCUCCAAGAAUGGUGUCCAGACACUUGACGUUGUCCCAAGGGCUGGAGGAGAUCCACCUGCUUUCUGUAUCUUUGAAUAUGUUUAUUUUGCUAGACCUGACUCUAUAUUUGAAGGACAGAUGGUAUAUACAGUCAGACAGCGUUGUGGGCGGCAGCUUGCUAUUGAAGCACCUGUUGAUGCAGACUUGGUUAGUACGGUUCCUGAAUCUGCUACUCCAGCAGCACUUGGUUAUGCACAAGAGGCAGGACUUCCAUAUGUAGAAGUGCUCUGCAAAAACCGUUAUGUAGGUCGAACAUUCAUUGCUCCAAAUACAAGACUGCGGCAACUUGGAGUAGCACAAAAAUUUGGAGCCUUGAGUGACAACUUUGCUGGAAAGCGGAUUGUGUUAAUAGAUGAUUCAAUUGUGCGUGGGAAUACAAUUUCUCCAAUUAUUAAAGUCCUGAAGGAAGCAGGUGCAAAAGAGGUACACAUCCGUGUGGCUUCACCUCCAAUAAGAUUUCCUUGUUACAUGGGAAUUAACAUUCCAACGAAAGAAGAAUUGAUUGCCAACAAACCAGAAUUUGAAGAUCUUGCAGGCUAUAUAGGAGCAAAUAGCGUGGUUUAUCUCUCUGUCGAUGGAUUGGUAUCUGCUGUACAAGAGGGAAUUAACAGCCAGCAAACAAAUUCCAUCCUAAAUAAUAGUGAAAUUGAGAAAAAAGUAUCUUCUAGGCAAACAGGUCACUGUACAGCUUGUCUUACAGGAAAAUACCCUGUGGAGCUUGAAUGGUAAAAUUACUUUGUAUAGUUUUGAGUGCUUUUCUCUAAAGGUUUUAUUUGUUAUGAUUUGAUUACAGUAUGUAAGGACAUGAUGGUGCUAUUAUUUUCUAAUCAGCACCCAUGACUUUUUUUUUAUCAAGUGAGUAUUUUUUUGUAUCUGCUUGGUAAUUCCAUGGAUGCAUUCUUGUGCCACCAUUAUGUACACUAUGUAUUGACUAAUCACCAUCUCCAUGCAUGUGGUUUGCUUUUCAUGGUACAUUGCCAAAAGAAUAUGUCAACUAUAGAGUUUAUUGAGGACUGUCAAAUGAAUUAUUGUUGAUGGAAACUAUUCUAACUGCAAAGGGCAAACACACUUGCAACUAUUGUCAAAAAUAUAUUGGAAAUAAUUUGAAUUAAAAAUAACUGUUGGGGUACCUUUUUGACCCAAUGCACUGUGUUUUGAUUGUUUGACUUAUAAUUUACAUGUACAUAUUUUAGUUUAAAGCAUAGGCCAGCUUUUACCCCUGGAUUGGGAUUGAAGUGUUUGGACUGUUCCUUGCUCUAAAACCUAACCUGCAACAAGUUCACAUUAAAACAUCAAGUCACAAUGGACAACUACUUAAAGUUUUUGAUUGCUCUUAAGUCUGGGGUUAACGAAAGACCAGCAUCUGUGCACUCUGUUAAAGAUGUAACAGAACUGAGUAAAACAAUAAAUAACCUUUCAGCCCUCACUCCAGCAUUCCUGCCAUGCCAACUCAUUUGCUCCACCUGGCUCCAUGGACUGUACUUUUCAAUCCUGUGCCACAGUACCUACACCUCAUGGCCUAUGUACCUCUGUACCAACCCAUGCCUCCUAUCCACCUCAAUUUGCCACUACACCUACAAAUGAACUCGCCCAGUAUAUGUCUUGUAGACCUCCGGACUCAUGCUAAGAUGAAAUUAAAUUAAAGUUGUUUAACUUUGAUUAACUCAUUUCACAAAAAAAACUCUUAACUGAUGAAACCCUAUCACUAUUUUUGUAUUCCUUUGAAGUUAAAUGCUUGUUUUUAAUAAGAGUUCCACUUGAAUAGGUUUAUGACCAUUUGGGCUGUCAGUAAAACUAUGAACUGACCAGCAACCUGCUAUGAUAAGUUGUGAAACAAAUCAUGUGCCGCUAAUCUUGCUAUGGUAGCUCUCAGACUUCUGUCAACAGGGUGUACUGAAAUAGUAAGCACUGAUAUUUUGUGCCACUGAUUUUUCAUUUGACACUACAGUUUGUUUUUUUUCAAAUAUUUAAAGAAUAGGGAUUUUGCAUGCCUUAACAUUCCUGUGACAGCUUCACUGAAACCCUUUUUUGUGCAUACUUACGUCAACUUGAACCAGUCCCAAAGGGCACCUGACAGCUUCUAAGAGUGCCCCAGGACCAUAUUCAAAAGCUACCUUACUUCUCUGAACAACUACCUUAAUUCUGUAAGGAAGACUGGUAGACCUUCCCAAACUGGUCCAAAGUGCACAAGUUGUGUUUUAGAUAUCCAACAAGCAAAACUCAGAUCAACCUAAGGCAGCUGUUUUUUAAUGCAUGCAAUUGUCUGCAUAAGCUACCAUCAGUGUAAAAGAUUUUUUUUAAAAAUCUUUCUUGGGUUUUUCCUAAAUUUUGUGUUUGGCUAUCCUUAACUGCUUUUUUUUUUAGCUGAAGGGUGUGAUGGUUUCUAAUAUUAUAUUAGAAGCUUGAUGAUCUGCCAUCAGCUGACAGGACCUUGGAACUAAAUUAUAUAAUUUUUGUUUAAUACAUACAAUACUUGAAACUAUUGAGUUAUAAAUACUUGCAUUUAGAGUUUUUGAAUGUCUGAAUCUUGGACUGACUGCAGACUAAAGUCAUGAAGUUAGACAAAGGUUUAAAUUGAACAGCAUUUCAAGAUUGGAAAUGUCCUUCUAAUUUUAAUCUGCUACUGAAUGUUUAUACCCAUUGUUAUGUUACAUAUCAUAUCUUUAAUUCUCAGAUGAAAAGAAUUUUCCUUUCAUUGUGGAAGCUACAUUUCAAAUGCUUGUACUUCUGAUUUUAGAAUAUUAACUAAUGAAAUUAUGUUCAGCAUGGAAAGGAAUUCUGCCAGUUUUACAACAGAAAUUGAGAUCUGUUUCAGAGCCAAAUGGAUUCCAUUUAAUUCCCUUCUGGUCAUAAUCAAGUUUUAAAAAGACAUGAAGUGAAAUCUUUCUUUGAUCACUAGAAACUCUCAAGAUGAAUUACUCUGAUAAAUAACUUGUACUUCUGAACUUCUACUAGUGUACCAUUUUGUUUUAAUGCUUUGUAGCUUAACGAUUUAUUUGACAUUUCCUAUUGCUGACUUUUGAAACAUUGACCACUUUGUUACAAAGAAUCAAACCCAAGGAUCUUUGAACAAAUUAAUGAAAUGAGCUCUUACUUUUUUAAAUCUUCUAUUCAUACAAAAACUGGAUGGCAGUACCAACCAAAUUGUCUCUGACCCAAAAUGACAGAAAUUUUGCCAGUGUAUUUUUUCCUUUUUUAAAUGAGUUUAUAACAAAUCAUUUGUGUUUAUAAAGUUGUGACCUUUUGGAAUCUGAGUAGUAAUCUUCAGUUUCAUCUAAGAAUUAGCAUUAAAAGAAAUUAAAGCCCAGACUGUGUCAUAAUUAGCAAAGAAACAGUGUCCAUCUAUAACUGAUAAAAACUGCCUACAAAGAUUUGUGGUUGCUUUGUCAGUUUUGCCUUUCCUGAUAUUAGUUUGAAUCUGAAACCAAAUCAAACGAGAUCGACAGGCAUCCAGCAACAAUGAUGUAAUCAAGCAGGUUUAGUAAGCAGUCAUAUUGAAGAACUCCCAGCAAGUCCAGAAGUUAAAAGCAGUGAAUAUAUUUUACUUUUUCCAUUUAUUUUACAGAAUGCAAAUAAAGAUUGGGACAUACAAUAAUACAUAUGCAAUUACAAUGGAAACUGUAUCAGUAUUUGUUUAAAAAUGAGAAAAUAGCUUAAUGGUGAAAUUUGACAUUCCAAAAUAAAAUAGUUUCCAGUGAAAUUGUUCAGCAAUAAUUAUGAAUGUAAUAAGCUGACUCAAAAAUCAAGUUACACUUAAUGCAACAAAGUGCAACUAUUGAGGAGGUUUAAUGCAAAUUUGGAAAUUCUUGUCUGUUCAUUUACAGUUGGUUUGCAGUUUGGGAGAUUUAAACACAUUUUGAAGGAUGAAAUGACUGAUAUCUAGAUUUUGUGACUUGAAAUUGCUGUGUUUGUGAGAAGCAAUGCUGUUGACAUUAAUCAUUAUUGUAAAAUCUGGAGGGAGUGACAAUUUAUGUCUCAUGUAACACUUUUACUUUUGUAUCAAUUGUAAUUUUCUUUGCUAAAAAGAGACAUUACUGAAGUUUUACAUUUUGCAGUCUUCAGAACAAAUGCAAAAAUUAUAUACUACAGGAGAAAAGGGUGCUGAUUGGCUGGCAAGCUGACUCUCUGACCAAGGUGAGAUGUGGAGAAAACAAUGAAGAACUCUUGUCCCUUAUACUCGAAGAGAAUGCUUUUUUUAAAAAAAAGCAAGGCAGACAGUAUUGCUAUGUACAAACAAAAAAAGGUGACUUAGUGUGUGAUUCUUUGAUGGGAUGGCACUUGCUAAGCAAUCCUGAGUGCACUAACAGCUGUAUUAACAACCAAUUUAAGAUAAGUCAAACCUUGAUGCUUACAUUAAGCUUGCUCGAAGUGACACAUUCGUAUACAGAGACCUGUUCUCCAAAAACCAAAGAAAUAUACACAAACCUGGUCUCUUUUUGAAUUACCUAGGAGUUUGAGAAGCCCUUAUUUCUCUCCUGUAAAACUGACUGUGAUAGUCAAAUUUCUAGCACUCUUGCGUUUGUCUUCAUGAGUCUAAAACAAAAUGCUUCAGCAUUUCUCUCUCUUUGGCAUUGUUACAGAUUUUUAAAAUUUAAAUUAGUCCCAUUUUAUUUAAUUUCAUCUUCAUUUAUGGAACCUUGCUGUAAAUAAAUUAGCUACCACAUUUGCUUACAUGAUAAAGAUGUGACACUUCAGAUUCCAUUAUUGUUUGUGCAGUGCUUUGAGAUGAUGCGAGAAUGCAAAAGGACUUGUAUAAAGGCAAGUUUAUUUGUAUCCAGAAUAUAUUUUGGUCUAUUAAAGAUUAAAUUCAGCUCAAUGCCAGAUUCUGGAGCUACUGCUCUAAUUCAUAGUAACAGAUUAUAUGUUUUAUAAAAUAUGACCAUAAAGGUACCAGGUUUCAAUACUUUUUCUCUAGCCAUUUAUUUUAAAUACAGUCUAAUUGUAUAUGACAUUCUUGCAUAAUUUAGAAUAAAAACAUGCCAGUUAAUACAAGACUUUGCUGUUUCAUUAGGUGGAUGUUCUGUAGUGGGACCAUAAAAUUUGAAAAACUACUUGGGUUUCCAAAUUAUAUUUCAAUAUAAUAAUUGAUUUUUAAUGCCCUAUAUAUAGGUGUAUCAAUGUAUUUCUUGAAAUUUUAUAUUAAAUAAUCACCAUUUUAUCAUAA